AUGGAUGUCAUCGGUCCUAUAGAGCCAGCCGCUUCUAACGGACACAGAUUCAUCUUAGUUGCCAUUGAUUAUUUCACCAAGUGGGUGGAAGCAGCCUCUUACAAGUGGGUAACCAAGAAAGUGGUGGCUGAUUUCGUUCGCAACAAUCUGAUAUGUAGAUUUGGAGUGCCAGAAUCCAUCAUUACUGAUAACGGUGCAAAUCUCAACAGCCACUUGAUGAGAGAGAUAUGUGAGCAAUUUAAGAUUAUUUAUCGAAAGUCAACUGCUUAUCGUCCCCAAAUGAAUGGAGCUAUAGAAGCCGCUAAUAAGAAUAUCAAAAAGAUCUUGAGGAAAAUGAUCGACAAGCAUCGAGGUUGGCAUGAAAUGUUGUCAUACGCUUUACUGGGUUAUCGAAUGACGGUCAGAACAUCGACUGGUGCUACUCCAUACUUGCUAGUGUAUGGAACAGAGGUAGUCAUACAUGUUGAAGUCGAGAUACCGUCAUUGAGGAUCAUCCAAGAAGCUGAGUUAAGUAAUGCUGAAUGGGUUAGCAAACGGAUUGAUCAACUAACUUUGAUUGAUGAGAAGAGAAUGGUUGCUGUCUACCAUGGCCAGUUGUAUAGACAGAGAAUGACUCGCGCCUUUCACAAAAGAGUAAGAACAAGAAAUUUUGAGGUUGGUCAGUUGGUGCUUAAGCGUAUUUCCUCUCAUCUAGAUGAGUACAAAGGAAAGUUCGCACCGAACUGGCAAGGACCUUACAUGGUUCGCAAAGUAUUAUAUGGAGGUGCUUUGGUCCUGUCGGAGAUGGAUGGCACUAUAUGGCCCAAACCUAUCAACUCAGAUGCUGUCAAGAGAUACUAUGUAUGA